CUAUGAACAUUCACACUUUUCAUCAACAUGGAGUCCCUUCAUUGGUUUGCUUGUCUCCUUACUGCGGCGCUCCUACUCGUCUCUACUUUCUUCCGUCGCCGGAGACACCUAGCACUGCCGCCUGGUCCUAAACCUUGGCCCAUAAUCGGUAACCUAAACCUCAUUGGCCCCCUUCCCCACCGAUCCAUUAAUCAACUCACCCUUAAGUAUGGACCAAUUAUGCAACUCCGAUUCGGUUCUAUCCCCGUCGUUGUUGGGUCAUCCGUCGAGAUGGCUAAGGUUUUCCUAAAGACCAUGGAUGCCACGUUCGCCAACCGCCCAAAGUUGUCUUCCGGAAAGUACACCACCUAUAACUACUCCGACAUCUUAUGGUCUCCUUAUGGGACCUAUUGGCGACAGAUGCGUAAGAUUUGUCUUAUGGAGCUCUUUAGCACGAGGCGGUUGGACUCGUACGAGUUCAUCCGAGUCGAGGAGUUGAACUCGAUGCUUAUAAACAUGUUUAAUUCAGCUGGAUCUAUUAUUAAAGUGAAGGAUUAUUUGACCACUUUCAAUCUUAAUAUCAUCACAAGAAUGGUUCUUGGAAAAAGGUAUCUAGAUAAAGAUGAUAAUUCAGUUAUAUCAUCGGAAGAAUUUAAGAAGACAUUAAAUGAGUUGUUCUUGCUAAAUGGGGAGCUCACUAUUGGGGAUUCAAUCCCAUGGUUGAGAUUCUUUGACUUGGGUGGACACAUUAAGAGGAUGAAGGAAUGCACAAAAGAGAUCGACAAAUUCCUAGAUUACAUUAUUGACGAGCACAUUGCGAGUAGGUCCAAUGAAAAAGAUAAUUGUGUGGCCAAUGAUAUGGUAGAUGUGUUAUUGGAAGUAGCCAACGACCCAACUCUAGAGGUCAAGCUCGAAAGGAACUGCAUCAAGGCUGUGAUUCUGGAUCUUUUGGGAGCUGGAACCGAGAGUUCAUCUAUUGUAGUAGAAUGGGCAAUGUCAGCUAUGUUGAAGAAUUCAAAGACCUUAAUAAAGGCACAAGAGGAGUUGGAUUGUGUCAUUGGACCCAACCGUUGGGUUCAAGAAGAUGAUUUGAUAAAUCUCCCUUAUAUAGAUGCUAUAUUAAAAGAAUCUAUGCGCAUGUACCCGGUGACUCCAAUGAUCGUGCCUAGGGAGUCUAGGGAGGAUUGUAAGGUUGAUGGCUACGACAUUCCUAAAGGAACUCGUGUUUUAGUGAACAUGUGGAGCAUUGGGCGAGAUCCAACCGUGUGGGAUGAACCACAACAAUUCAAUCCAGAUAGGUUUAUUGGGAAGACAAUUGACGUGAAAGGGAAUGAUUUUGAGCUUCUUCCAUUUGGGGCGGGCAGACGAAUGUGCCCUGCGUAUAACCUAGGGUUAAAGAUGGUCAAAUCUAGCUUGGCCAACCUCUUGCAUGGGUUUAAAUGGAGUUUGCCUAAUGGAAUGGACCCCGAGGACUUGAACAUGGAUGAAAUUUUUGGUCUUUCAACUAUAAUGAAAAAUCCUCUAAUGGCUGUGGUUGAGCCUAGACUUCCACUCAAUUUAUACCAUACUAUAUCAAACAAAUGA